AUGAGUGGUCUUUAUUUAGCUGUUCAUAACAGUCUACCUAACUCUGAUGUGUACUUAUUUACUGAUGCAGACGCCAAAGACGCCAAUCUAGUAUUCUCUGUGAUAUCAAUUGCAUUACAAAGAAAAUCUAGAAUUACUCUUUUUAUCAGUGGCAACUGCAAUAGCUUUGCAGAGCAAAAGGUGUAUAAAAAACUCGCCAGAACAACUGGAGGACAACUCAUAGACUUAUCAAAAUCUGACAUCGACGAAGCUAUCAAGCUUCUUCGUCCCACAAGUGUUUCUGAAGAAUAUUCAUCGUUACAAAAAGUCUCACUGCUCUCUGUUGAAGUCACUACUAAUAACAUAAAAACGAAAUCCUACAAUAUUCAAAGUGAUUCUACCAUUGCUUUUAUAACAGCUGUAUUGAGUGCUGGAGGAAAUGCCAGUAUUAAAGUGGUUCCACCUGAAGGUACAGUAACAUCUAAGCACGCAUAAUCAACUGGCCUGCACCUAUGGACUGUACCUGGCCGAUUUGUAAUACAGUCUUUGAAAUUUCGCAGCAUUAUUUGUCGACCCCUAGCUUAGCUAUAUCCAUGACCUGUGUAGUUGAUUUUCAAUAGUAUAUGAUUUAAAAAUGAAAAUUAAAGUCCAGCAAAUGACUUUCAGACAAGACAUAGCAAAAAUAUAAAAUUUAUUGGCUAACGUUUCGUUGUAUGGUUCACAACAUCUGCAGAGCAAUUAAACUUAUUUACAAGCGCGUAUUAUGUAUAUACAAAUUUUUAAACGGUUACAUUAUUCAAAUAAGAGGAUGAAAUUUGAUGUUAAAUGGUAUGGAUAUGAGUGAGUAUAUGCCUGACAUGGUGGAAACAGAACUUAUCUUUCCAGUCAAGAGUGAAACACCCAUGUGUUCACGCAUACGCGUGUGUAUGUGUCGGCAAGUUUGACCAACAUACAAUGCACCACAGCAUUGACACUUAUACAAAUGCACAACAUGCUAUCUCAGUUCACAGUGUAGUGAAUGGGUAUUAUAUUUACAUGAAGUAUUACCUGAUAUUUACUUAGGAUAGGUAGCCAUUUUCUAAUUUUCUUUUAGUGUUAAGUAAAGCCUAUUUAAGAAAGGUGUUUAUUUAUUUUCUUUAUUCCUUACAUCAAUUUACUUAACACUCAGCUGAAAGGUAUGGAUAAAAUAUUGAGACCUGAACGAUUUGAUGUCAUUCCGAGUGCACAAGAUGCUGCAAAACGUUGGCCGGCUACACUGGUUGAUGAUCUUCGAUAACUUUGUCGCUGCUAUACCAUCUGCUCCCGACGCACAUUGCCGCAUGUGUUAGUCAAUUAUGUUACAUCUGAUGCCCACCAGCUGUUUUGCGAAGCUGAAACGUAUGAAGAAGCUAUCACUUUGUUAAAAACUUUAUAUGUUAAGACCCCAUUUGCUCGACGUAAGUUGGCAACACGAAAGCAACAAGCCGGCGAAACGUCGUAUGAAUACUUACAAGAACUAAAGCUUUUGAGUAAAGAUUGCAAUUUCUGCCAAGUUUCUGCCGCUCAACACCGUGAUGAAGCUGUUCGUGAUGCUUUUAUAACUGAUCUACUAUCUGGAAACAUUCGACAACGUUUACUUGAGAACAAAACCUUGGAUUUACAAACAGCAUUUGACCAAGCUCGAGCUCUUGAUAUGGCACAGAAAACCUCGAAGACUUACAACUCGAAUCCCCUAACAAGUGCUGCUGCUACUGCCUCACCAGAACCCGAGGAACAGAACAAUGUAGGAGAAGAAAUGG